GUGGAGACCUCAUCGUAAGCAGCAAAAAUGCCGAUCAUAGAUGUAGAAAAUAUGACUGACCUGGAUAAGGCGAAGAUGGAAGUAACCCAGCUCAAAACUGAGGUGAAGCUAGAAAGGGCGAAGGUGUCCAAAUGCUGUGAAGAGAUUACAGAGUACAUUCAAGGAGGAGCGGAUGAAGAUCCUCUGGUCAAAGGCAUUCCAGAGGAGAAGAACCCGUUCAAGGAGAAAGGUGGAUGUGUCAUUUGCUAAAGUGGACAGAAAAUCCCCCAACAUUCGCAGUUUAGUGUUCACUGCUGCCCAUGGACACCUGUUAAAAACGUAAUACUUGCUGGAAUUCGCUGCCCAAAAAAGGACAUUCUCAAACACGGAUAGACGUUGGUUAACUCUAAAUGGCUUUUUUCCCUUCAUUGUUAAUGAAUAUUCAGAAUUUGGACCUACAUAUGCUGUGUAUUCCCCUUUGAAGUGUUGUAAUAAAUCAGACUACCGUUGUGCACUGUUUACCAGAGAUUUACUUGAUGGACUGAUUUGGGUUUCUUUUAUGGGCAUCCAGCCAAAAGGUGACAUCUGUGUGACAAAACAGAGUGAAAAUAAAAUAUUCGAGUAAUUAAGAUGAUAAAUCAAGGCUUAAAUGGUGGAGUAAUUUAGCUGUUCAAUAAAAUCACAGUUUUGUGGUAAAGGGC